AUGGCUCCAGGAAAAGGAGGAAAUCAAACAUCUAUCACAGAAUUCAUCCUCCUGGGAUUCGGCAAUCUCUUGGAGCUGCAAAUUCUUCUCUUCAUACCAUUUUUAGUGAUCUACAUUGUAACCUUGGCUGGGAACAUCCUCAUUACUGCACUAGUUGUGGCUGACCAGCACCUUCACACCCCCAUGUACUUCUUCCUGGGGAACUUGUCCUGCUUGGAGACCUGCUACACCUCCACCAUCCUGCCCAGGAUUCUGGCUAGUCUCCUGACUGGGGACAGAACCAUUUCUCUGAUAGGCUGCAUUGUACAAUAUUAUUUCUUUGGUUGCCUUGCAGCUUCAGAAUGUUACCUCCUAGCAGUAAUGUCCUAUGACCGGUAUUUAGCAAUAUGCAAACCACUACACUACACUGUUCUUAUGAAUGGUAGAAUCUGCCUUCAGUUAGCAGCUGUCUCCUGGAUGAGUGGAUUUAUGGCAACUACCAUAGUUGCAGGUUUAAUGUCACAGUUACAUUUCUGUGGCCCCAAUGAAAUUAACCAUUUCCUUUGUGAUUUCACCCCAGUGAUUAAACUCUCCUGCAGUGACACCAGCCUGAUCAUACUGGUGACUUUUAUACUCUGUUCCAUAUUCACCCUGCCCCCAUUUCUAUUAACCCUGACAUCCUAUGUUUUUAUCAUCUCCACCAUCCUGAGAAUUCCAUCCACCACCGGGAGGAGAAAAGCAUUUUCCACCUGCUCCUCUCAUCUCAUCAUGGUGACAAUGUACUAUGGGACCCUAUUCAUUGUCUAUAUGUUACCAGACACUGACACACAUCGAGACCUCAACAAAUUCUUCUCUCUCUUCUACACAGUCCUGACUCCCCUGGCCAAUCCCCUCAUCUACAGCCUGAGAAACAGAGAUGUUAAGGAAACUCUGAGAAAAGUCAUCAGAAAAUGUAUGAAGCUCACUGAAAAUCAGAAGGAGUGA